CUAGCACCUACCCUACUUUCUAGGCCAAGAGAGGCCAGGCAUCCAUGCCCAUGGUACAUGAAUUGAUCGCUGCUCUUCUAAGAGUGCCCAACCGUUUUAGCGUUUCGGGCAUCGACGAUGUAUGGGUUUACUUCUGACCUACCUUCCCCCACCCGCUUUCUUGAUGAUUCAUAUUUAAUUCUGCUCCCUACGUAGGUUCAGUAUCCUUGAAAUAACUUGCUGGAUUCUGCUUUUAAUCGGAAGCCUGGGAAUUCCGUUUUAUAUCGCUGGUUCCAGAACCUCAGGGCUGCCUGGCUCUACUUCUGCUAUACUGCCACCUCUUUCGCUUCCCAGUACCGAAGAAGACAGCCAUUUGUUCGACCCUUUCCAAUUGUCAUUACGAGGACCUCAAACCACAAUAUGUCCUCGUCCAUAUUGCAUAGCUGCCCCUGCUGUGGGCAAGUUACAGAUAUCUCCAAUGGACUUGCUGCUUUCAUCGAAGACCCUUAUUGUAGUCAGUGCGGGUUGUCGGCUUCGGAGAUCAAUCUGAAGCUACAGGAUGAUCUCGCGGCGCUCUUCGAGAAAAGGAUGAAUAUAGGAGUGCCGUUCCCACCUGAAGAAGACCAGGGAGUCCAGCAUCCUUCCAUUGCUCCCCCAGGAAUGUAUAGCAUCACACAGCACUACCACCAUUCGGCGCAUGUAGUUCACCAGGUUGCUACACGUCCUUCGGCAGAAGGCCCUUGCCAAGAUAUCAACAAUGCCAUCAAAAAGACACUCAGAGAACACAACGUUGACCCUUCGACACUAUCAUCGAAGCAAAUGGAACUUUUUGAACGCGCGAUGCCAGAACAACGAUCACGUCUUCUCCAGAUCUGGCAAAUCUCCCCAGAACACAGUUAUGCGGCAACUAGCAGCGUCGCCAGAAGCAGCCUGCUAAACCCGGGAACCUCAAAUAUAGCCGGCACCGCGGCAACAGUCUCAGCUCCAUUAGAUUGCACAUCUGGAGUUGGUGAUCGUGAGAUGUGCGACGUAACUGUGAGAAGUGAGAGUGAAGAUGAUGUACACCAGUAUGCUGAGCCAUAUAUGGUCACGGGGUAUGAGAUGACGGCUCAGGGAAGCAAUGGGCUCUCUGCAUCUCAGCCCACACAUAUCGUGGCCGAGCCGACAAUAGGCUCACCAUACAAGCUUGCAAGUGACCCUGUCUACUAUGCCCAGGGUCGAAGAUGGUGGGAGACUACACAGCCGGGCUCAAUGGAGUAUCAAUAUGGGUUAUUCGAUGAAAUGAGCCGCCAUUCCCAUUGUGGACUAGUACAACCUCGAUCAGCCGACUAGCAAGGGUUCCAUGAGACCUGAUUCGCAGUUGGGUAGUACUAUCAAUCUACUCAAGUGGGAAUCACAACUAUUCACAAACUUAUCAUGUGGCACUUGGUGAUCAUUCUCCACUUAUCUAAACAGUAACCGUCUCUUAUUCUGUAAUUUUUUGUUUCUCCAUUGAUCGACCGAAUGCAUUUGAGGGCGUAUGUAUGUGAAAAUUUGGAAAUUUUUAUAGCGAUCUGCCAGCUACAAGCCAGCUGCAGUGAAUGAGAGAACAUAAUCGCGGGUUCCUGUAG